AUGUCGGCCCCCGCGCUGCCCGAAGACCAGGCCCGCCUGCUCGAAGAUGCCCUCGUAGCUGUGCGCCAGCAGACCGCGCUCAUGCGCAAAUGCCUCGACACGCCCGGGAAGCUGAUGGAUGCUCUCAAGUGCUGCUCUACCCUCGUCUCGGAACUCCGGACAAACAGCCUGGGACCUAAGCAAUACUACGAGCUCUACAUGGCCGUCUUCGAUGCCCUCCGAUACCUCUCUGUCCACCUCCGCGAGAACCACCCGGUCAACCACUUGGCGGAUCUGUAUGAACUCGUACAGUAUGCCGGAAAUAUCAUACCGAGGCUUUACCUGAUGAUCACGGUCGGGACUGCCUACAUGGCUGUCGACGGAGCGCCAGUCAAGGAGCUGAUGAAGGACAUGAUGGAUAUGAGCCGAGGCGUCCAGCACCCGAUCCGUGGGCUGUUCCUCCGUUACUACCUCUCCGGCCAGGCCCGGGAUUACCUCCCGGACGGUGAUGGCGAGGGACCGGAAGGCAAUCUGCAGGACUCGAUCAACUUCGUUCUGACCAAUUUCGUCGAGAUGAACAAACUCUGGGUGCGGCUACAACAUCAAGGCCACUCGCGAGAACGGGAUCAAAGGACACAGGAGCGUAAAGAGCUGCAGCUGUUGGUUGGGAACAACAUCGUCCGACUCAGCCAGCUCGUGGACCUCGCCAACUACAAGAACGGCAUUCUGGCCCCGUUGCUGGAGCAGGUUGUCCAAUGUCGGGACGUCUUGGCCCAGGAGUACCUGCUCGAGGUCAUUAUCCAGGUCUUCCCCGACGAAUUCCAUCUCUACACCCUCGACCAAUUCCUGGCAGCCGUGUCGCGGCUGAACCCACAUGUCAAUGUCAAGGCGAUUGUCAUAGGCUUGAUGGAUAGGCUUUCCAAGUAUGCGGAACGCGAGUCGCAGAACGAGUCGGACGAGACCAGAGGGAAGAUGGAGGAGGAAGCAUUGGCCAACCUGCUCGAGAAGGUCAAACUUAACAAGGAACACGAUGAGAGUGCACCGCCUGCCCCCAAAGACGCUGACGUCAACGCUGGGGCUGGGGCCGGAGAUGAGGCUGCUGCGUCCGAGAAUGCGAACGGAGAGCAGGCCGAGGGGGACGCUACUUCAACGGCGGAGACCCUGGCAAAGGAGGAGACGGAGGAAACGCCAUCAAUAGCAGAAACUGAGGCGACGGCGGUCAACGGGGACGAAGCCGAAGAGGCGGCCCAAGAGGAAGCCCAAGAGGAACCUGCGAAGAAGAAGAGGGGAAUCCCGGAGAACGUGCCCCUCUACGAGAUCUUCUUUGGCCAGGUCAAGAACCUCGUCCAGGCACAGCAUCUGCCCAUCCAGCACACGAUAGCCCUGUGUGUGUCCCUCACAAACCUAGCGCUCAACAUCUACCCAGAACGAUUGGAUUACGUGGACCAGAUCUUGGAAUAUGCCAACAGCAAGGUUAAGGAGCACGCCAACAGUGCCGACCUCCACUCACAGCCCGCGCAACAGAGUCUGCUCUCCCUCUUGCAGGGACCCAUGAAGAGAUACGUCUCCGUCUUCACGGCUCUGUCUCUGCCCACCUACGUGCCCCUUUUCCAGUCGCAGACCUAUCCGACACGGCGAGCCGUUGCAGGUGACGUCGCGAGGACCCUGCUGAAGAAUCACACCCUGAUCGCAACGCCGGCCCAGCUCGAGAACGUCCUCGAGAUCCUCAAAGUGCUGAUCAAGGAGGGCUCUCAUCCACCGUCCGGUUACCCCGGAGUAGUCCAACAACGGACGCGUGCGCUUGAGACGGACGAGACGAUGGAGGAGCAGGGCUGGCUGGCGCGGCUGGUCCAUCUCCUGCACUCGGACGACAACGACACCCAGUUCCGCCUGCUCCAAAUGACCCGCAAGGCCUACUCCGAGGGCAACGACCGUAUCCGGACGACUACGCCGCCCCUUGUCACGGCCGGGUUGAAGCUAGCCCGGCGGUUCAAGGCUCGGGAGCAUUACGACGACAACUGGUCCAGCCAGUCAUCCUCCCUGUUCAAAUUCCUGCACUCGGCCGUGUCGACGCUGUACACGAGGGUCAACGGGGCCGGCGCCGCCGAGCUCUCCCUCCGGCUCUUCUGUUCCUGCGGCCAAGUCGCCGACACGGCGGGCUUCGAGGAGGUGGCGUACGAGUUCUUCGCGCAGGCCUUCACCGUCUACGAGGAGGCGGUCAGCGACUCCAAGGCGCAGUUCCAGGCCGUCUGCGCCAUCGCGAGCUCGCUGCACCAGAGCCGCAACUUCGGCAAGGAGAACUACGACACGCUCAUCACCAAGUGCGCCCAGCACGCGAGCAAGCUCCUGCGGAAGCCCGACCAGUGCCGGGCCGUGUACCUGGCGAGCCACCUGUGGUGGGCGACGCCCAAUCCCGACAGUGCGGAGGGAGAGGAAACAGAGCUGUAUCGGGAUGGCAAGCGGGUGCUCGAGUGCCUGCAGCGCGCUCUCAGAGUGGCCGACUCGUGUAUGGAGACGGCCACGUCGAUUGAGCUGUUCGUCGAGAUCCUCGACAGAUACGUCUACUACUUUGAGCAGCGGAAUGAAUCGGUCACGACAAAAUACCUCAAUGGUCUCAUCGAGCUCAUCCACUCCAAUUUGGCGGGUAACCAGCAAGACUCGCCGUCUGUUGAGGCGAGCAAGAAGCAUUUCUACCACACUCUCGAGAUGAUCCGGAGUAAGGAAUACGAGGGCGUGGUGCUCAGUGCAAAAUGA